AUGAGCCCGGUCUCGAUCGUUUUUAAGUCGGACACCUCGCAACCUUCCCUAGUAAAUAUAAUCUCCUCUAUAAUUGUAGGCCGUCUUGCCAUUCGUCUCGGCAUCAUAGGUGGCAACCGUGUUUUUUAUAUGCAUGAUACAGGCGGUUUACCGAAAGAAGAGCCAACAAUAGCAGAAAUGUUGAAAACCUAUGGGUAUAAUACUGGAAUGGCUGGGAAAUGGCAUUUAGGAAUUAAUGAAAAAAAUAAUUCGGAUGGAAGUCAUUUACCUGGACGGAGGGGAUUUGAUUUUGUUGGGAUAAAUAUGCCUCUUACUUUGCUUUGGGAGUGUGACGAGACAGGAGAGCUUUAUCCUGGAGGGCCUGACCCGGAUAAGUGUUUUGUUUAUAAAGGAGAUAAGGCAAGUUUAAUACUUCCUUAG